AUGCCACCAAAACUUCCGAAGUCAAAGCAGUUAGCACCACUCAAGAAGAAGUCGCUAUGGACCGCCCUGGCCGCCGCUGAGCAGAUCAUCCCCACGACCCAGCGAUUCGGCCAACAUGCUACUGAACAUAGAGAGUACCGAGUUCCCGGAUCUCCAGCCAGAAUCUCCGUUGAGGCCAUUGUCAAGCCCAAAAACACAUACCGGAGCGCUGGCCAGUUGUCGUCUUCGCAGAUUCUUGAGCAGUUCUUCCGAAGCCGAGAAGACAAGAAGAAGUACAAGCGUCCUCUCCCUCUCAUGUUCGAUGUGGCCAACCUGGUGGGCCCGGCAGCUCGAAAGAACACUUCUAAGAAACUCAACAGUCCACAGACCCGAGAUUUCAGCACACAGACCAUUGUGUGGGCCCAAAAGCCUCUGCCUUCUAUCUUCUCCAAACCCAUGGUCUCUCGAAACAGCAACAACAACAACAACAACACCAACACCAAUACCAAAAAGCGACCUCCAACUGACAACAAUAAGAAGGGCAAGCCCCCAGUGAGCAACAGCAGCCAGUUUGGAUUCAAUGCUCUUGGAAACGGAACCCAGAAGCAGGCCUCUCGACCCAAGAAGCAGUUCCAGCAAAAGUUUGAGCCCAGAUCUCGUGAGAGACAACCUGCUCCCCCUCCCGUCAAAGACAAGCGAGAAGUGCUGUCGGAGUUUCUAAAAAACCACACCCCAGCCCUCACCAGCUACACCAUCCAGGCCGUUCUGGAAGUUCAUGACCAGCUCAAGGAGCUCGUCGAGACCGGAGUUAACGAGCACACUAAGGUCAUCUACGUGUCUGAAAGCGGAGAAAUUACCGGUGACGCUAUUGACUUCUUGACUCUCAUCAAGGAUCCCAGACUCGAUCUCGCUAACAAGAGUAUCAAGCUCGUGAAGCCGAGCCCUGCUAUGGUUAAGACACAGUCCCUUCCUUCGUACAUUACGCCGAAGUACCAGCUGGACAAUCUCACCAAGGAGGAGAAGGCUGCCUUGAAGGCUGAAUACAAGGCCCAGCGAAAGCAGGCAAAGGCAGAGGAGAAACGAAAGAAGAAGGCCAUCGAGAACAACCGAAAUCUGCUCGAAAUCCACUCCACCUGGUCUAUUAACUUGCGAGAUCUGCGACAACAAAAGUUCAGAAAGCUGGCUGAGACUCUCAAGGAGGGACGACCUGCCGUCGUGUCAUUUGCUUCCAAGGACGUGCGAAACGCUAUGGAGACGAAACGGCCCAUCGACCCUGAGAUGCUGACCGAUAUCGACCGGGAACGACGACAGUUGCUAGUAGAGGAGGUGCGAGUGCUCGCCGAAGAGUGUAAGGUCCAUCUCAACGUGUCCGGUCAGCUUGAUCUGCUCAUGACUAUGACUUUGAAGCCUUAG